AUGGUAACCAAUACUUCAAAGGCAAGGGUUGAUGGAUCCUCCUUUGCUAGAGAGAAGGAAGUUGAAAUGGCAAAGAAGGUGAAGAUUUUCAGCUGGAGCCCUGGAAAAGGCUUGGCAGAAAGUAUGGUGGAGAAAGUUACUAGCCCUCUUAAGGAUAGUGAUGAUUUGGAGUCAGACCUUGGAGACUGUGAAUUAGAUGGCGAAGGCUGCAGCAUGCCCACCAAUACAGCUUUUCCUGAGAUGAAAACUACAACUCAAUAUGAGGAAGAGGACUGGGAUAAAGAACUGGCAGAGAGUGAAAACAAUAACAAUCCUUAUGGUUUCGAAGAUGUUAUGCACUGUGGAAGUUUCUUGGAUCAAAAUCCAGCGGCAUUAUGUCCAAUUCAAGACAAGCCUUUGUACAACCCAAGCUUGCAUCAUGUAGCUCCACUGACUUUGAGCCGUCUAGAGGCCAUGCCGGUAGAUGGCCAGUUUGAUGAUGCUGUUGACUGAGGCUUUCCCAACAUUGGGGGCAGAAAUGUUAAGUUCUAAACUUGAUUCCUCCAUGAAGCUGAUCUGAGAAUCAACACAAACCCCUUUUGUUCUCUGAAGAUGACUGAAUGACAUAUAAAAUUAUUGGAAACUCGGGAAUCUAACCUUUGGAGCAAGGCAGAUAAUGACUUUG